AUGUUUAUGUUUAUCAAAGGACAUCAAAUUAAUAAAAUGACGGCAAUGUCUCCUUCAGAGAGGCGACUUCAAAAAGAAUUAAUGGCCCUCAUCCGAGAACCUCCUCCUGGAGUGCAAGUAGAUGAAGAUCUCGUUGGCCAAAAUCUUACUCAAUGGAUAGUUCACAUGGAGGGUGCAAAAGGCACUCUUUACGAAGGAGAACGUUUUCAGUUGCAGUUCAAGUUUAGCUCCAAGUAUCCUUUCGAUUCUCCGGAAGUUACUUUUAUUGGAGGAAACAUUCCUAUUCAUCCACAUGUAUACAGUAAUGGACAUAUAUGUUUGUCCAUUUUGACAGAUGACUGGUCUCCGGCUCUCUCUGUUCAAAGUAAGCGGCCACCUGAUAAUUCAUUUUAUGUGAAAACGUGUAAUAAAAAUCCAAAGAAGACAAAGUGGUGGUAUCAUGGUAAAAACAAUUUAUUCUUAAUAUAUUUUAUUCUCAAUAAUCUUUACACAUACUUGAUAUUUUCAGAUGAUAGCGUGUAA